UCCCAACUCUCCUAAAAUCUUGUGACACUCCUGAACAAGAGGGUGUGCUGGUAUUUAAAUUGGAAAAACUUUGUGAAAAUUUAAGCUAAAGCCGUUGUUUGUUGUAGAAUUUAAUGUAAAGAGAAAGAGGAAAAAAUCUACCCCAAAGAGCAAUUCGCGACAGUCGUGGAAGAAGAAACCUUAUCAUCCAUGAGUCAGGUAAGUGGAAAAAAAGUCAAAGGAAAACUGUGUGGAAUAAACAAUGACUAUGUCCUUAAAAAUACGUUUUUUAUUGCAGUCAUGCCGCCUCUGGAAUUUAAGUAUUGCAAGUGUCCUGGCACUAACGCUCUCCAAUGUCCUUCUUACGGUACGUCUACUCCAUUCCACGGAUUGCCCUUUCAUCACCCUUGAUGACUCUUCGGUGGCACCAGUUAUAGCAAGGGCACCACCCCUCACACCCCCAACAUGUCUUGAAUACAUCAUCUUGGAUAAUUCUUCAAAUAGGACAGACAGGCCGGUGUUCACGGGGCUAGAUCUCCAGCUUGGACGAUGGGAUUCAAAGAGACUUUAUAAGAUUUUUGAAUUUGCCGUAUUGGGAGAGAAGUUUGCUGAACUUUCUGAGCAAUACCGUGUCUGCUUGGCCACACAGAGCUCAAUCGAUAGACUGGGACCAUUGGUGCAGGUGGCACAACACUGGACAGGUCCCAUAUCUGUGGCUGUUUUUGCAGCUGGUGACGAUGAAUUGUAUCUCCUGCAGAUUUAUCUAUCCUUCCUGCGAAAAUGCUAUCCCAACAUCAGGGAUCGUGUGUCCUUCCACCUUACGUAUCCACGCGACAAACCACCACGACACAUGAAGCAAUCCAACGUUAUUGAUCUCAUGCCGUAUGACUGUGCCAAACCAGAGGCCACCCUCGUGGAACUCAUCCAAAUGCGUACACAUGACACGACAAAGUGGCGCACCAAAAAUGUUUAUCCGCAAAAUCAUCUGCGAAAUGUUGCACGUAAAACGUGCCAAAGUGACAAUGUCUUUCUCACGGACAUCGACAUUAUACCCAGUGUGAACAUGACUGAGUACCUAGAUAAGUUUCUUAGACACACAAAGUGCCCAAAUAAUAUGUGCGCCUACGUUAUACCUACAUAUGAGUUAGAUAAUCGUGCUAGAUUUCCGCGUGACAAACCCGAUCUCAUUCGCCUAGCCAGGAAGGGUCUAGCACGACCCUUUCAUCACAAAGUUUUCAUCUAUAACCAGUACGCUACGAAUUUCACAAGGUGGCAAGCAGAUCUCGAUAAUCUCGAUGAAACUCAUGUCAGCUACAACGUGACAAACUUUGAAUUUCUCUAUGAACCUUUCUACGUGGCAUCUGACCAAGUACCACAGCAUGAUGAACGCUUCUUGGGCUAUGGUUUCACGCGGAAUACACAAGUGUAUGAAAUGUUUGUGGCGGGCUAUCAAUUUCAGGUGCUCUCACCCAUCUUCACGUGCCAUUGGGGUUUACAGAACAAGAAAAGUCGACCAGCAUGGCGUGAGCGACAAAAUAAUAUCAAUAGAAAGCAAUUUGAGGUGUUCAAAAGGGAGGUUUUUGCGCGCUACCACAAAGAUCCCCUUAAGAUGCUUCUGCCAAAGAAAGCACUUUCGCGUCAAGUCCCAAUUGGUGGUUGAGGCAUCACGCCAACAUGCUCAUAAAUACACCAUUCCAUGCCAAAAAAAAAAAAACAAAUCCUUUCAUCACCUUAUAUAUUUUUCAAGAAUUUUUCCUAUUUUUUUUUAAAUUCUAAUACUCUCUAUUAUUUUGUAAAAAAUUUCAUGAGAAGAAAAUAAUUGAUUUUGUGGGAGAGGGAUAAAAAUUUACGAAAAUAUGUGUAUAUAUUAUUGAGAUAAAAAAAAAAUUAUAAAGCAUAAAAUAAAAUUGCUCAACGAUUUAUCAUGAAAAUGCCA